AUGAACCACCUCCUCAUCAACGUGAGGAAGACCAAGGAGAUGAACCACCUCCUCAUCAACGCGAGGAAGACCAAGGAGAUGAACCACCUCCUCAUCAACGUGAGGAAGACCAAGGAGAUGAACCACCUCCUCAUCAACGUGAGGAAGACCAAGGAGAUGAACCACCUCCUCAUCAACGCAGGGAAGACCAAGGAGAUGAACCACCUCCUCAUCAACGUGAGGAAGACCAAGGAGAUGAACCACCUCCUCAUCAACGCGAGGAAGACCAAGGAGAUGAACCACCUCCUCAUCAACGUGAGGAAGACCAAGGAGAUGAACCACCUCCUCAUCAACGCGAGGAAGACCAAGGAGAUGAACCACCUCCUCAUCAACGUGAGGAAGACCAAGGAGAUGAACCACCUCCUCAUCAACGUGAGGAAGACCAAGGAGAUGAACCACCUCCUCAUCAACGCAGGGAAGACCAAGGAGAUGAACCACCUCCUCAUCAACGUGAGGAAGACCAAGGAGAUGAACCACCUCCUCAUCAACGCGGGGAAGACCAAGGAGAUGAACCACCUCCUCAUCAACGUGAGGAAGACCAAGGAGAUGAACCACCUCCUCAUCAACGUGAGGAAGACCAAGGAGAUGAACCACCUCCUCAUCAACGCGGGGAAGACCAAGGAGAUGAACCACCUCCUCAUCAACGUAAGGAAGACCAAGGAGAUGAACCACCUCCUUAUCAACGCGAGGAAGACCAAGGAGAUGAACCACCUCCUCAUCAACGUGAGGAAGACCAAGGAGAUGAACCACCUCCUCAUCAACGUGAGGAAGACCAAGGAGACUAACCACCUCCUCAUCAACGCGGGGAAGACCAAGGAGAUGAACCACCUCCUCAUCAACGUGAGGAAGACCAAGGAGAUGAACCACCUCCUCAUCAACGUGAGGAAGACCAAGGAGAUGAACCACCUCCUCAUCAACGUGAGGAAGACCAAGGAGAUGAACCACCUCCUCAUCAACGCGAGGAAGACCAAGGAGAUGAACCACCUCCUCAUCAACGUGAGGAAGACCAAGGAGAUGAACCACCUCCUCAUCAACGUGAGGAAGACCAAGGAGACUAACCACCUCCUCAUCAACGCGGGGAAGACCAAGGAGAUGAACCACCUCCUCAUCAACGUGAGGAAGACCAAGGAGAUGAACCACCUCCUCAUCACUUUGAGGAAGACCAAGGAGAUGAACCACCUCCUCAUCAACGAAGCCAAGGAGAUGAACCACCUCCUCAUCAACGUGAGGAAGACCAAGGAGAUGAACCACCUCCUCAUCAACGCGAGGAAGACCAAGGAGAUGAACCACCUCCUCAUCAACGUGAGGAAGACCAAGGAGAUGAACCACCUCCUCAUCAACGUGAGGAAGACCAAGGAGAUGAACCACCUCCUCAUCAACGCAGGGAAGACCAAGGAGAUGAACCACCUCCUCAUCAACGUGAGGAAGACCAAGGAGAUGAACCACCUCCUCAUCAACGCGAGGAAGACCAAGGAGAUGAACCACCUCCUCAUCAACGUGAGGAAGACCAAGGAGAUGAACCACCUCCUCAUCAACGCGAGGAAGACCAAGGAGAUGAACCACCUCCUCAUCAACGUGAGGAAGACCAAGGAGAUGAACCACCUCCUCAUCAACGUGAGGAAGACCAAGGAGAUGAACCACCUCCUCAUCAACGCAGGGAAGACCAAGGAGAUGAACCACCUCCUCAUCAACGUGAGGAAGACCAAGGAGAUGAACCACCUCCUCAUCAACGCGGGGAAGACCAAGGAGAUGAACCACCUCCUCAUCAACGUGAGGAAGACCAAGGAGAUGAACCACCUCCUCAUCAACGUGAGGAAGACCAAGGAGAUGAACCACCUCCUCAUCAACGCGGGGAAGACCAAGGAGAUGAACCACCUCCUCAUCAACGUAAGGAAGACCAAGGAGAUGAACCACCUCCUUAUCAACGCGAGGAAGACCAAGGAGAUGAACCACCUCCUCAUCAACGUGAGGAAGACCAAGGAGAUGAACCACCUCCUCAUCAACGUGAGGAAGACCAAGGAGACUAACCACCUCCUCAUCAACGCGGGGAAGACCAAGGAGAUGAACCACCUCCUCAUCAACGUGAGGAAGACCAAGGAGAUGAACCACCUCCUCAUCAACGUGAGGAAGACCAAGGAGAUGAACCACCUCCUCAUCAACGUGAGGAAGACCAAGGAGAUGAACCACCUCCUCAUCAACGCGAGGAAGACCAAGGAGAUGAACCACCUCCUCAUCAACGUGAGGAAGACCAAGGAGAUGAACCACCUCCUCAUCAACGUGAGGAAGACCAAGGAGACUAACCACCUCCUCAUCAACGCGGGGAAGACCAAGGAGAUGAACCACCUCCUCAUCAACGUGAGGAAGACCAAGGAGAUGAACCACCUCCUCAUCACUUUGAGGAAGACCAAGGAGAUGAACCACCUCCUCAUCAACGUGAGGAAGACCAAGGAGAUGAACCACCUCCUCAUCAACGUGAGGAAGACCAAGGAGAUGAACCACCUCCUCAUCAACGCGAGGAAGACCAAGGAGAUGAACCACCUCCUCAUCAACGCGAGGAAGACCAAGGAGAUGAACCACCUCCUCAUCAACGUGAGGAAGACCAAGGAGAUGAACCACCUCCUCAUCAACGUGAGGAAGACCAAGGAGACUAACCACCUCCUCAUCAACGCGGGGAAGACCAAGGAGAUGAACCACCUCCUCAUCAACGUGAGGAAGACCAAGGAGAUGAACCACCUCCUCAUCAACGUGAGGAAGACCAAGGAGAUGAACCACCUCCUCAUCAACGUGAGGAAGACCAAGGAGAUGAACCACCUCCUCAUCAACGCGAGGAAGACCAAGGAGAUGAACCACCUCCUCAUCAACGUGAGGAAGACCAAGGAGAUGAACCACCUCCUCAUCAACGCGAGGAAGACCAAGGAGAUGAACCACCUCCUCAUCAACGCGAGGAAGACCAAGGAGAUGAACCACCUCCUCAUCAACGUGAGGAAGACCAAGGAGAUGAACCACCUCCUCAUCAACGUGAGGAAGACCAAGGAGAUGAACCACCUCCUCAUCAACGUGAGGAAGACCAAGGAGAUGAACCACCUCCUCAUCAACGUGAGGAAGACCAAGGAGAUGAACCACCUCCUCAUCAACGGCCAGUUCCCCAUGUCCCCCGCCUACACUGCCCCUGCCUGGACUCUGGCACUGGGCGAGUGA